AUGAAUCCAGGUUCAGCGCCCUCUGGCGGGCCUGCAACCCGUCCUCCUGGCGCAACUCCUAUGAUCAGACGCAAGAAGCCUGCUUCUGACCCCUUUUUCAAAGGCCCAAGGUUCAAGCCUGCUGCGACCAAGCCUCAACUGAACGGCCACCUCACUCCUCCCGUCAACGGGAACGUGAACAUGAACGUCAACGGCCAUUCACCUCCCAAGCCGCAAUCCCUAACUGCGCUUCAUUCGCGCCCUCUCUCUCCCUCCAAGGCAACUAUUCCAGAUCACGAGCGCGUGAGCGGCUUCAGCGAUCCUCGGAUUGCAGCAGAAGGAAUAUCAUAUACGGACUACAAACUGGUGACAACAAAGAGGGAUCUGCUAAAUGGGCUCAGGUAUCAUAUUCUCCAGCUUGCAGGCGACAAACCCAUAGACAUUCGCAAUGAAGCCGAGUUUUCCAAGCCAGUUCGUCUGCAUCGACGCGAUCCUCGCGCUCCGCCUCCGGGACAGAAGGAGGAAAAGAAGGAGGAAGAGCAAGCAGAACCAAAGGACGGGCUCAACGCUGCAGAGAGGGAAGAUCUGAAUCGGCGAAAAGAAAUUCGGCAGAAAGAGCGUGAGGCGAAUCUGGCGCAGAUAGCUCCGUCCCAAAAUACCGGCAAGAAGUUGAACUUCAAAAAGAAAACCCAGCAAGUCUUCAGACCAGACUUUACGGCCGAGGAGAAACGUCGGAUCCAGAACAACUACGAGGAAAAGCUCCCAUGGCAUCUCGAAGAUUUCGACAACAAACACUGCUUCAUUGGGCAUCAUCAAAUCGGCUCUGUUUGCUCCAACGCCGCCUUUGUCUACGAGCCGGCCGUGGAUGCUUCAACUGGCAAGUUUCGGCUCAUUCCCAUUGAAAAGGUCUACCAAUUCAAGCCGAAACGAGAAAACCUUCAAAAGAUGACGAUCGAGGAAGUCGAAGCCGCGAUGAAAAAGGGAGGCUCUGAUCCCGAGUGGCUGAUUCGCCACCGAGAAGCUCGCAUCCAGGAAGCCUUGAAGGAGCGCGCUGUAAGAGAAAGCAAGGCACUCUUUUCCGGCGCAGCUCGGACAACAACCGAUGCAGGGAGGACUGGCGAGGAAGCGGAUCUGGACUACGAAGACGACUUUGCCGACGACGAGGAGGGUGAUCUCUUCGUGGAUAAGGAUGAGGAUGAGAAGCUCGCAGAGAAGCGGAUCAAGGAAGAUCAGUUGCAAGCUAAUUUCCUCGAUUUCAAAGACCUUAAGGAGUACGAUGAAGCAGAAGAGCGUGAAAAGCGCGAGGCAGAGGCCAGAAAGAAGAACUUCAAGGACUUGAGAAAAGCCCUGGAGAGGCGGGAGCGCAAUUACAAUCAUGGCAGUGAUUCCGAAUAUGAAUCCUCGACCGACAGCGAGGAAGAACGCGAGCGAAUCGAGCGUGAGCGUCUUGCCAACAUCAAGAAGGAAGAAGAGGCCGAGGCCAAGAAAUCCGCUCUGUCCUCGGGCGCCAACACUCCCUCGGGUCGCAAAGAGAAGAGGGGGUCUGACCACGACGAUGAAGGGGGCAUGAAGAAGUCGACAUCGACGCGUUCUUUGAAACGCCCUGGGUCGCCAAAUCUUUCUGAUGCCUCGGGCACGGAUGCCUCGACGCGAAAGAAGAAGCUCAAGUCGAAACAUGUGCCUUCUAGUCAACCCACGCCGGGCCAUUCGAGACCCAUGUCCCCUGUCAAUUUCCCGCCCAGCUCCUCUGCUCCGCAGACAUUAGACCCUUUGGCAGCGCUGAAGGCAAGAAAGCGCGCCGGUGCCGCAAGUCCUAUAGGAGCCGGGUCAGACACAGACACUGACGGCGCUGCCAUGUCCGACAGCAGUCGUGCUCGACGGCUCAAGCUCAAGAUGUCGGCGUCUCCACCUCCAAGUGGCGCGGCCGGAACAGCCUCACCACCAGCUCAACCAUCCUCGCGUGCAGCGUCGCCGACUCCAGUCUCUGCGGGAGGUAGCGUGCCGAGGCCGGUUGCAUUCCCCUCAGCACAAGACAUCAAGAAUGCGAUCCCACCCCAAGGCAUAACUAUCAAAGACCUUAUGAAGGUAGUGGCGCAUCCCAAGGACAAGCAGAAGGAGUUUGUGGCAUUGGUCAAGGAGGUGGCGAGUUAUCACAAGGAAAGGGGUGUCUUAUUGCCGAAAUAG